AUGAUCCUGCCCAUUCCUCUCACCAAAGAAAAGAUUGUAACUUUAAAUCUCUCCCUCUCUUUUGUCCUUUCUCUUUUCUUUUUUUUUCUACUUUGUGUCUAUUGCUCUUUGUCUUUUCUCUGUUUCUUUUCUCUUUCUCUCUCUCUCAUUACUUUCCUUUUUGCUCUCUUUAGAUUCGCCUCUUCCACUGCUAUUUUUCUUCUGCUUCAUAUCUCUCUGCUCUUUAUCUCUCUUUCUGCUAUUACUUUUUCUCUCUUUCAUUGUUUUUACUGCUUCUUUGUUUCUCCCUUCACCUCUAUUGUUGUUUUUCUUUUUUCUUUUUCUCUUCCCUUUCUCUUUUUUGACUUUUUCUCUACUCUUUUUUUUAAAUUUUUCUCUUUUUUUCUCCUACUUUUUGUAUACUAUUUCUCUUUUUUUACUUUAUUCUUCUCUCCUCUUUUUCUCUUCUUUUUCCCUUUUUCUCUUCUUUUUCCCUUUAGCUCUUCUUUCCCAUUUUUCUUUUUUCUCUUCUUUCCCAUUUUUCUUUUUUCUCUUCUUUCCCAUUUUUCUUUUUUCUCUUCUUUCCCAUUUUUCUUUUUUCUCUUCUUUCCCAUUUUUCUUUUUCUCUUCUUUCCCAUUUUUCUUUUCUCCUUUUUUUUCCCUUUUUCUUUUUCUCUUCUCUUUCACUUUUCUUUUUCCCUUCCAUUUUUUCUCUUCUCUUUCCCUUUUUCUUUUCUCUUCUCUUUCUCUUCUCUUUUCUUUCCCUUUUUACUUUUCUCACUUGUUUCCCUUUUUCUUUUCCCCUUCUCAUUCUCUUUUUUACUUUUUCUCUUAUCUUUCACUUUUCUACUUCUUGUUUCUCCCCCCUUUUCUCCCUCUCUCUUUCUGUUCUCUUUAUUUCUUUUUUUUUCUCACUUCUCUCUUUCUCUCCCUUUCUCUUAA